GUCACCGGGCUAGGGCGCAGGUUGUUAGUGGCGGCGGAGGAGGGUGGGCUCUGUAGCCGCCGAGUCCACCGGCGAGCGGUCCGGGCUGCCAGAGUCCUUGCGCCGGCAGGAUGUCCCUUGCUGCCUACUGUGUCAUCUGCUGCAGAAGGAUAGGAACCUUUGCUUCCCGAUCAAAAAGCCACACGCCCUGGAGGAAUAUCAGAAAUAUAUUAAGAUUUACUGGAUCUCUCAUUGUCGGGGGUUCUUUAUUUAUUACAUACGAAGUGCUAGCCCUGAAAAGAUCUUUAACAUUGGACACCCAGGUGGUCGAAAGAGAAAAAAUGAAGUCUUACAUCUAUGUGCACAAGGUUCCAGUAGACAGAUUAGACAGUCGAGGGAUUGUUUGGCAGGCAAGAAAAGAACUUCACAGAGCAGUAAGAAAAAUGUUGGCGGCAGCAGCCCGGGUACUGCGGAGCCCAUUUGCUGACACCUUCAGCACAGUUGACAUAGAAGAUCAUGACUGUGCAGUGUGGCUGCUCCUGAGGAAGAGCCGGGAGGACGAUCUAGCUGCCCGGCUGGAGGCCGUGCGGGAACUGGCAGGGGCUCACCACUGGCAUGACUACCAGUACAGGAUAAUUGCUCAGGCCUGUGACCCAAGGACCCUUAUUGGUUUGGCACGAAGCAAAGAAAGUGAUCUUCGCUUUUUUCUUCCACCCCCUCCUUUGCCGUCUUUAAAAGAAGACUCCUCCACAGAAGAGGAACUCAGGCAUUUGCUGGCUUCUUUACCACAGACAGAACUUGAUGAGUGUCUCCAGUAUUUUACAUCCUUGGCUCUUAGUGAAAGCAGCCAGAGCCUGGCCGCACAGAAGGGAGGACUGUGGUGUUUUGGAGGAAAUGGACUUCCUUACGCAGAAAGCUUUGGAAAAGUUCCCUCAGCCACAGUGGAAAUGUUCUGCUUAGAAGCCAUAGUGAAGCAUUCGGAGAUUCCCUCACACUGUGAUCACAUUGAAGCAGGCGGGGGCUUGCAGCUCCUGCAGAGGCUCUACCAGCUUCACAAGGACUGCCCCAAAGUCCAGAGAAACGUCAUGAGGAUCAUUGGAAACAUGGCUCUGAACGAGCAUCUUCACCCUGCCAUAGUCCACUCAGGAUGGGUCUCUCUCAUGGCAGAAGCCUUGAAAUCAUGCCACAUUAUGGAGGCUUCCCACGCUGCCAGAAUCCUGGCUAACUUGGACCGAGAAACUGUGGGGGAGAAAUACCAGGAUGGAGUGUAUGUACUCCACCCCCAGUGUCGGACAAGUCAGCCCAUUAAAGCCGAUGUCCUUUUUAUUCAUGGCCUUAUGGGAGCAGCAUUUAAAACCUGGCGCCAGCAUGACAGCCAGCGGGCUCUGACUGAAAAUGCUGUGGUGGAUGAAGACAGGUACACUACAUGCUGGCCCAAGACAUGGCUAGCCAAGGACUGUCCUGCACUUCGCAUCAUAUCUGUGGAGUACGACACGAGCCUCAGCGACUGGAGGGCAACGUGCCCUAUGGAGAGAAAGUCCAUUGCAUUCAGAAGCAACGAACUUCUCAACAAGCUGAGAGCUGCUGGUGUUGGGGAUAGGCCAAUGAUUUGGAUUUCACACAGCAUGGGAGGUCUUCUUGUCAAGAAGAUGCUGUUGGAAGCCUCUAAGAAGCCAGAACUGAGCGCUGUUAUAAACAAUACCAGAGGAAUAAUUUUUUACAGUGUCCCUCACCAUGGAUCACGUUUGGCUGAAUACUCCGUUAAUAUUCGAUAUCUUCUCUUUCCCUCUCUGGAAGUCAAAGAACUCAGCAAGGACUCUCCUGCACUGAAGAUGCUACAGGAUGACUUUCUGGAGUUUGCGAAAGACAAAAGCUUCCAGGUGCUGAACUUUGUAGAAACACAACCGACCUUCAUCGGCAGCAUGCUUAAACUGCACAUAGUGCCCGUGGAGUCAGCAGAUUUAGGCAUUGGGGAUCUAAUUCCUGUGGACGUCAACCACUUGAACAUUUGCAAGCCGAAGACAAAGGAUGCAUUUUUGUACCAGCGUACUCUACAGUUCAUCUGCGAAACUUUAGCCAGAGACCUUGAAAACUGACAGCUAUGUUCUUCCAUUUUUUUGUAUGAAUACAGUGCAAGAAACGUGUCAUUCUCCAUCUCUUGUUAAGCUCGAUGCAGUCCUGUGUACCCACUGCACGUGUGCUGCAGACAGCAGAGCGCAGCUCUUCACGCAAGCACUGGGAGAUGCCUGAGUAGACCUGGAGGCCACAGAGGAAGGGUUAAAUUGAGACUCCUUUGUGCCAAGCUUUGGGGUAGAGCAGAGCUGCUGUAGCCCACCCAAGACUGUCAGACUGUCCCUGUUCACCCAAGCGUCCUGACUUAGCGAACCAUGAGAAUGAAAUCUGGGGAGAACAAGCUAGAACUUAGAGGCUGUGUUUGACCUGGUACCAUGUGCUGUGGUGUUUUACUGCCAGUUUUUAACUGUCACUAUGUCAGUUACACAUUUGACACUUUUUCAGUGGUCCCUGCACACCUGCUUGUAUGCGCGGACCAGCCUUGUAUGCUUCUGGUUUUGUCAUACUGAGAACAUUUGUUUUUAAGUAUUCUUUCUAGGAUAUUUUAAUUAGUUAUUCAGUAAUAUGCUCCGGAUAAGGUAAGGAUCAGGUUAUGAACAAACGUAUUUGAAGCGAUCAGGUAUACUAACCUCUUAGUAUCAAGACUCUCAGAUCAUUGGCUACAUAAAGUACAGCUUUCCUUUCAGAGGGACUUCCAGUAUGGGAGCAUAGAAGCUCAUGCUGACGACCUUUUUUUGUGUGUCUGAGUAAUAGCAUUAUUAACAUGAAAUUCAUUGUGUGUGUGUGUGUGUGUGUGUGUGUUGUGUGUGCAUGUAUGUAUGCACAUGUAUGUGGUGCUAGGGAGCAAACCCAAAACCUUGUGCAUGCUAACCAAGUACUCUGCCAAGUACGUUGUCACCAGCUCCACACUUAUACCUUGGAGGAAUACAGCUUACUGAUUUUUGGUAUAUUUAAAGUUACCAGCUAUCACCACUGUCCAAUUUCAGACUAUUGUAUUAUCCCCAAAGAAGCUCGCUCAGCAGCAGGCGGUUCCUCCUCCUCCAACUCAAACCCCAGUAAACACUAACACUUUCCAUCUCUGUGCAUUUGCCAAAUGAACGUUCAUAAAGUUGGUAGCUCUACCGUGUUGCUCUUAG